AUGGAGGUCCUGAAGGAGAAGGUGGAGGAGGAGGAGGCGGCCGAGCGGGAGGAGGCGGCCGAGCGGGCAGAACGGGCGGACAGGAUGGAGAAGGCCAUGAUGAGGCCGGUGGAGGCGCGCAAGGAGACUACCCUGACGCCAGAGAUGCUCAGAGACCUGGAGAGGAAGCUGGCCGAGACCCCACUCCCCAGCCCGGCAAAGCUCCCGCUCUCGACCAAGGACACCCUUGACCUCUCCAAGCUGCCCCUUUCCUACAAAACCAACACGCCCAGAGAGGAGCACCUGCUGCAGGUGGCAGACAACUUCUCCCGCCAGUACAGCCACCUGUGCCCGGACCGCGUGCCCCUCUUCCUGCACCCGCUCAACGAGUGUGAAGUCCCCAAGUUCGUGAGCACAACCAUCCGGCCCACGCUCAUGCCCUACUCCGACCUCUACAACUGGGACGGCUGCGCCCAGUUUGUCUCCGACUUCCUCACCAUGGUGCCCCUGCCCGACCCGCUCAAGCCGCCCUCGCACCUGUACUCCUCCACCACGGUCCUGAAGCGACAGCAGGGGAACUGCUUCGACUUCAGCACGCUGCUCUGCUCCCUGCUCCUCGGCUCUGGCUAUGACGCCUACUGCGUCAACGGCUAUGGCUCGCAGGACCUGUGCCAGAUGGACCUCACGCGGGAGGUGUGCCCGCUCACCAUCAAGCCCCGAGAGAGGAUCAAAAAGGAGGAAAAGCCGCCGCCUAAGAAAUACACCAUCAAGCCCCCCAGGGACCUGACCAGCAGGUUUGAGCAGGAGCAAGAGAUCAAGAGGCAGGAGGAGAAGAAAGCCGAGGAGGAGAAGCUGUGGAGGGAGGAGCAGGAGCGCAUCAUGGAGGCGGAGAAGGCGAAGCCCGACCCCCUGCACGGCCUGCGCGUGCACUCCUGGGUGCUGGUGCUCUCUGGGAAGCGCGAGGUGCCUGAGACCUUCUUCAUCGACCCUUUCACGGGCCGCAGCUACAGCACCCAGGACGAGCACUUCCUGGGCAUCGAGAGCCUCUGGAACCACAAGAACUACUGGAUCAACAUGCAGGACUGCUGGAACUACUGCAAGGACCUGGUCUUUGACCUGGGAGACCCUGUGAGGUGGGAAUACAUGGUCUUGGGCACUGACAAGCCCCACCUGUCCUUGACCGAGGAGGACGACUCUGGAGUGAACGAUGAUGAUGACGUGGAAAACCUGGGCAAGGAGGACGAGGACAAGAGCUUCGACAUGCCGCCCUCGUGGGUGGAACAGAUCGAGAUCUCCCCAGAAGCGUUCGAGACCCGUUGCCCCAACGGGAAGAAGGUGAUCCAGUACAAGAGGGCCAAGCUGGAGAAGUGGGCCCCGUACCUCAACAGCAACGGCCUCGUGAGCCGCCUCACCACCUACCAGGACCUGGAGUGUACGGAGGUUGUGGAGAUCAAGGAGUGGUACCAGAACCGGGAGGACAUGCUGGAGCUGAGGCACAUCAACAAGACCACGGGCCUGCACACCGACUACUUCCGGCCGGGCCACCCCCAGGCCCUGCGCGUACACUCCUACAAGUCCAUGCUGCCCGAGAUGGACCGCGUCAUGGAGUUCUACGAGACAGCCCGUGUGGAUGGCCUGAUAAAGCGGGAGGAGACCCCCAAGACGAUGACAGAGCACUAUCAGGGGCGCGCAGACUUCCUCUCCUACCGCCACAUCAAUUUCGGAUCCAGGACCAAGAAGCCGGAUGUAGACAGCUCAGAGUCCAACCCCCGGCCCAUGGUGAAAAUCACAGAGCGGUUCUCCCGCAACCCCGCGAAGCCCGCGGACGAGGACGUGGCGGAGCGCGUGUUUCUGAUCAGCGAGGAGCGCAUCCAGCUGCGCUUCCACUGCCGCGACGACUACAUCACCGCGUCCCGGCGCGAGUUCCUGCGGCGCACCGAGGUCGACAGCAAGGGCAACAAGGUCAUCAUGACGCCCGACAUGUGUGUCAGCUUCGAGGUGGAGCCCAUGGAGCACACCAAGAAGCUUCUGUACCAGUACGAGACCAUGAUGCAGCUCAAGAACGAGGAGAAGCUGUCCAGACACCAGGCCUGGGAGUCGGAGAUGGAGGUGCUGGAGAUCCUGAAGCUUCGAGAGGAAGAGGAGGAGGCGCACACGCUCACCGUCUCCAUCUAUGACACCAAGCGCAAUGAGAAGAGCAAGGAGUACCGCGAGGCCAUGGAGCGCGUGAUGCACGAGGAGCACCUGCGGCAGAUGGAGGCCCAGCUCGACUACUUGGCCCCGUUCCUGGCCCAGCUGCCCCCGGGAGAGAAGCUGACGCGCUGGCAGGCUGUGCGCCUCAAGGAUGAGUGCCUGAGCGACUUCAAGCAGCGGCUCAUCGACAAGGCCAACCUCAUCCAGGCCCGCUUCGAGAAGGAGACCCAGGAGCUGCAGAAGAAGCAGCAGUGGUACCAGGAGAACCAGGUGACCCUGACACCCGAGGAUGAAGACUUGUACCUGAGUUACUGCUCUCAGGCCAUGUUCCGCAUUCGCAUCCUGGAGCAGCGGCUCAGCCGACACAAGGAGCUGGCCCCGUUGAAGUAUCUGGCUCUGGAGGAGAAGCUCUACAAGGACCCCCGCCUGGUGGAGUUCCUCAAAGUGUUCACCUGA